UUGUAGUAAAAUUAAAUAAACAUGGAUGCCGAUAAAAAAUCGGAAAAGUUAUCAGUUAAAGAUUUUGUCAAAGGUCCUCCCGCGUUGCGUUUAAAAUCAAUAAAAUUACCUCGCGACCUUAGCUUGGGUCGAAAUAAAUCUUAUAAGAGGAUCUACACACCAAAUCUUAAUGUAGUUAGAAAAAAACAUUAUGCCAGUAAUAAAUCGAUAGACCAAAAUGACACUAAAAUUAAACAACAAAAGGAAAAAGCCAAAGAAAAGCCACAAUUUGUGCAGUCGAAAGGUAUAUUUACAGAAAGAAAAGGAACUUCAAAAGCCACAAUACGAAAAGAACGUGAUAUACUGGACAAUAUCGUACCAAUAUUUUCAAAUAAAAAAUCUAUCGGACUCAAUAAAAAACAAGAAUUUAUCAGAGAGGAUAUAAAACAAAAUCUGGAAGAUACUGAUGAACAAAAAUCUUCAUUUUCUCCAGUGGAAUGGGAUGAAUCUUCAUUAUCUAAUUCUUGUAUACCUCCAAAAAUGGAACCGUUUUGGAAUAGUGAUAACAGUCAAACAACAUAUUACCUUUGGCAAUUACCGAUAUCGUUUCAUUUUAAGAAAGAACAGGGAAAUGAUUUCACUCUCAAAGAUUUUCCCGAAGGAACUAUAGGAAAACUUUGCGUGAAAAAAUCUGGAAAAGUCCAAGUGGUGAUUGGUAAAUUGAGCUAUAAACUUGAUUCAUCAUCACAUUGGGAUUCUCCUAAUGAACAUUUGGUGUCGACUCAAAUCAAUAAUAAAGAAUCUCACGCUACUGUUUUGGGCUCUGUAACAAAAACGUAUAUUCUUGAUCCAGACUGGGAUUAUUUAUUAAAUAUCUGAAUUUUGAAACCUUAAUGUUGUUUUACAAGUAAUGUAUUGAGAUUUGUUCUAUUCGAAUAAAAACAGUUGAAUUUGUGUCCAGCCGCACUGACCAAUCUUUAAAAUUAUCAUAUUUGUGAAAGUACAAAGUAAUAUUUAGGAAUUUUAUCUAUUAGAGUAAAUGUUUUAUUGUAAUAUUUUUUAUCAAUAAAAGGUGUUAUCAAUAUUUGUUUCUAUU